GACUCUACACCGAAAAACAUUUUAGAUAGUUCUUGAGCUUUCUUCCAUAUUUCCCGAAAGCAAGGAACAUAUAUUUCUUUCCUUUGUUUUCCAAUCUUGUUUCUUUUUGUACUUUGUUCGGUUUGGUUUGGUUUUAUUUCAGAGAGAAAUGGCUGGGAUUGUUGUGAUUUUUGAUUUCGACAAAACUAUUAUUGACUGUGACAGUGAUAACUGGGUUCUUGAUGAAUUGGGUUUCACCGAUUUGUUCAACCAACUUCUUCCUACCAUGCCUUGGAAUCCUCUCAUGGACAAGAUGAUGAAGGAGCUUCAUGCUCAAGGAAAAACCAUUGAUGACAUUGUUGAGGUUCUGAAACGAGCUCCUAUCCAUCCUAGGAUAGUCCCUGCCAUUAAAGCAGCUCAUGCUUUAGGGUGUGAACUCAGGGUUGUUAGUGAUGCAAACAUGUUCUUCAUUGAAACAAUUCUGGAGCACCUUGGAUUGAGGGAAUAUUUCUCAGAGAUUGACUCCAAUCCUAGCUUUGUCGACGAAGAAGAGAAACUAAGGAUCUUCCCUUAUCAUGAUUUCACCAAGAGUUCCCAUGGCUGCAAUCUCUGCCCCCCAAAUAUGUGCAAAGGGAGGGUGAUUGAAAGGAUUCAAGCUUCUUUAGAAGGAAAGAAGAAAAUCAUAUACCUUGGAGAUGGCAGCGGAGAUUACUGCCCAGGCUUAAAGCUUGGAGAGGCAGACUACAUGAUGCCAAGGAAGAAUUAUCCAGUUUGGGAUUUAAUUUGCAGGAACCCAAUGUUGAUCAAGGCUGAGAUCUAUGAAUGGACCGAUGGUGAAGAGCUAGAGAAGGUUUUGCUGCAACUAAUCAACAUGAUUUCUCUUGAAGAAGACGAUGCCAAUUCUUCCCAAUUCAUCUCCGUUGACUGCAAAUUGCAGACCAUGUCGGCAUCCAAAAGUGCCUUCCCUCAUGCCCUCCCGGUUCCCCAGUAGAUCGUUGCCAUUGCUCAUAUAUAUUAUAGCUGAGUUGGUCGAAAGGGUUUUCAUUGUUCGGCUGCUUUUUUUUCUUUUUUUCUUUUUAAAUAUGAAGUGUGUGUUUUGAGAUAACUCUGAAUAAACUUUGCGAAUAUAUGAUUGCAAAGUGUUGCCAAACUAAAGUUUCUUAUUACAUGUGCUGGCUGUAUCAUUGAGUCGAAUCGAGGUGUAACUCGUGAAAAGUUAUUUGACCCAAAACUUAAUAUUUGAAGUUUCGUUGGAGUUAGUUAAGUCAAUAAGUUGGACUUGUUUUGUAAAUAAGAUUUGAAAUUAUUAUUAAAUAAGUUUUUUUUUCCGAAAUAA